AUGUCUAUCCUGAAGCUAGUCGAGGACCGGCCGACGCCUCGAGCGGUCUACAACUGGAGAAUCUAUCUCCUGGCCGCGGUGGCCUCAUGCACAUCCUGCAUGAUUGGCUACGACAGUGCUUUCAUCGGCACUACCCUCUCUCUUAAGUCCUUCAAGAGCGAGUUCAAAUUCAACGAGAUGUCCGAUGCUACCGAGAACCUGAUCAGCGCAAACAUCGUCUCGUGCUACCAGGCCGGUGCCUUCUUCGGUGCAUUCUUCGCCUAUCCCAUCGGCCACUUCUGGGGUCGUAGGAUUGGCCUAUUGUCUGCUGGCUUGGUUUUCACUCUCGGUGCUGGUAUCAUGCUUGGUGCUAAUAGCGACCGAGGACUUGGCCUCCUUUAUGGUGGCCGAGUCCUAGCCGGUCUUGGUGUCGGAGCAGGCUCUAACAUCACCCCUAUUUACAUCUCCGAAUUGGCUCCUCCGGCUAUUCGCGGUAGAUUGGUUGGUGUGUAUGAGCUGGGCUGGCAGAUUGGUGGUCUGGUAGGAUUCUGGAUCAACUUCGGUGUUGACGAGACCAUGGCACCGAGCCACAAGCAGUGGCUUAUUCCUUUUGCUGUUCAGCUGAUUCCUGCUGGUCUGUUGCUCAUUGGUGGCUACUUCAUCCGGGAAUCGCCUCGUUGGCUCUUCGGACGCGGUCGCCGUGAGCAUGCUAUCAAGAAUCUUUGCUGGAUCCGCCAGCUGCCCGAGGACGAUAUCUAUAUGAUCGAGGAGAUCGGUGCCAUUGACCAGGCCCUGGAUGAACAACGCCGUAGCAUUGGUAUUGGCUUCUGGAAACCCUUCAAGGCGGCCGGGACCAACAAGAAGGUUAUGUGGCGUCUGUUCCUCGGAGGUGCAUUGUUCUUCUGGCAGAAUGGAUCUGGCAUCAAUGCCAUCAACUAUUACAGCCCCACUGUCUUCAAAUCGAUUGGUGUCAGGGGUACCAAUACUAGUCUGUUCACGACUGGAAUCUUCGGCGUAGUGAAGACUGUCGUGACUUUCAUUUGGCUGCUGUGGCUGAUUGAUCACGUCGGUCGCCGUAACCUGUUGUUGAUUGGCGCAGCAGGUGGUUCCGUGUGUUUGUGGAUCGUCGGCGCGUACAUCAAGGUCGCCAAACCUGAAAAUAACACGAGUGACAGCUUGAGCGGCGGUGGUAUCGCAGCCAUGUUCUUCUUCUACCUGUGGACCGUCUUCUAUACCCCAACCUGGAACGGUACCCCCAUGGGUCCUGAACUCGGUAAGCAUCCCCAGACAUUGGAAUUCCCUGGGCAUUGGAACAUUGAAAUGUUCGAUCCCAACAUGCGUUCCUUGGCACAGGCAUGCGCCGCCGCCUCCAAUUGGUUCUGGAACUUCCUCAUCUCGCGCUUCACUCCGCAGAUGUUCACAGCCAUGGGAUACGGUGUAUACUUCUUCUUCGCAUCAUUGAUGAUUCUGUCCAUUAUCUUCGUGUACUUCCUCAUCCCUGAAACCAAGGGUGUUCCCCUGGAGAGCAUGGACCAGCUCUUCGACAUCAAGCCCGUGUGGCGUGCCCAUGGGCAGAUGCUCGCCCAGCUGCGUGAAGAUGAAGAGCGGUUCCGCAAUGACGUCGAGGCUGCCGGCGUUGAUGUGGGCAAGGUCCGCCCUGAGCAAGUCGAGGAUAGUGCGGCUGAGCCAAAGUAUGCUUGA